AUGUACAGAAUAAGACAGCAAGGUGGGGAUCUAGAGAGUUUUUCUGAUGAGUUACUGAAGGCUGGAGCUGAUGUUAAUGUACAGAAUAAUAAAGGUGACACACCACUUCAUAAAGCAGCAAGGUGGGGAUCUAGAGAGUUUUCUGAUGUGUUACUGAAGGCUGGAGCUGAUGUUAAUGUACAGAAUAAUACAGGUGACACACCACUGCAUAAAGCAGUAGCAGCAGGGUGGGGAUCUAGAAAGUGUGUUGAUGUGUUACUGAAGGCUGGAGCUGAUGUUAAUGUACAGAAUAAGACAGGUGACACACCGCUUCAUAUAGCAGAAGCAUCAGUAGGGUGGGGAUCUACAGAGUUUUCUGAUGUGUUACUGAAGGCUGGAGCUGAUGUCAAUGUACAGAAUAAUACAGGUGACACACCACUUCAUAAAGCAGUAGCAGCAGGGUGGGGAUCUAGAGAGUGUGUUGAUGUGUUACUGAAGGCUGGAGCUGAUGUUAAUGUACAGAACAAUACCGGUGACACACCACUUCAUAGAGCAGCAGCAGCAAGACAGGGAUCGACAACUUGUGUUGAUGUGUUACUGAAGGCUGGAGCGGAUGUUCAUGUAAAGAAUAAUACAGGUGACACACCACUUCAUGGAGCAGCAAGACAGGGAUCUACAGAGUGUGUUGAUGUGUUACUGAAGGCUGGAGCUGAUGUUAAAGCACUGAAUAUUACAGGCCAGACAUCACUGCACUAGUUGCAAGCCUUAUCGAUCUAAAUUAAAAACAUUCAUGGAUUUCAUUGAUCAGGGCAGAAUAUGCCAUCAAAGAUAUGCUACACGUCAGAUAAGAACCGAGACAGUAUAACAGUGAACUUAAAUUCCCUUUGCAUCAAUGCUCUGAUUAUGGCUGAAAACAACAAAUGUCAAAAAUAUAUGAAAACGUCUUGUGCUGUGACAUUAUUCCAAUCUUACAUUUACUAAAAGAAUUCGAUCUGCAUGAACAAUGGCGUCGGGAUGAGAGCAAAAAAUAAUACAAUGGUGUGUGUGAAGUUA